AAUGGAAUGAGUGGCGUUGGUGUCAAGCGACUUCUGAACGAGUAUCGGGAACUUGAAAAGGAACAAUGGGAACCAGGUAGCUGGUUCAGAGCAUACCCUUUAGAAGAAGACCUAUUUGAAUGGCAUUUUACUUUGAAAGGACCUGAUGGAACUCCUUUUGAAGGAGGUUUUUAUCAUGGAAAGAUAUUAUUUCCUUCUGAAUAUCCACUCAAGCCACCAGAUAUAGUUAUGUUGACGCCCAACGGACGUUUUGAAACAGGACAGCGAAUUUGCCUAAGUAUUAGCUCCUUCCACGAAGAGACAUGGCAACCUUCUUGGAGUAUUCGAUCAAUGCUCUUGGGUCUCUGUUCGAUGUUUCCUUGCAAGGCAGAAGGGGUUGGAGCACUGAACUGUGACCCAGAAGUUCAAAGACGUCUAGCCCGGGCCUCUUUGAAUUUUCACUGUAGGCAGUGCCAUUUCUCCUUGUCUUCUUUUGAAAACCAAGAAAAAGUGGUAUCUUAUCGUAGCAGCAUUGAUGAAUAUGGAAGUAGCGGUUUUAUGAAAAUGUUUCAUAGGCUAUCUGUUAGGGUUGUCUUAACCAUUUUGUUCAUAGCGUUGGGAAUUCUAUUUAUGCUAUUUUGUUAAGUAUUUCAUAAAAUGUUUGUCUCUAUUAGCUUGAAAGAUAGUAUGUUCCUCUUUGUAUCUCGUUUAAGUUUCAAAGACAGGCCUCAUUUUGUUUCAACCAUAUUGUCCGUUGUAGCGUAUACUAUGGAGAAUCGUGACUCC